AAGAAAUAUAGCAGCAAGUCAAAAAGCCCACAGCAGAGAGAACAAAUGGAGACUGAAAGCAUUAUUCAAGCCAAUUCUUCAAACUUCGGCGCCGGUGUCGACUUCUCGGCACUGCCGGAAGAUUGCAUAGCCAGUAUUCUGGCAUGGACAAGUCCUCGCGACGCCUGCAGGAUGUCGACGGUUUCGCCUGAGUUCCUGCGGGCGGCGGAGUCCGACGCUUUGUGGGAAACGUUUCUACCAGCCGAUUAUCAGGAGAUCAUCGGCAGAUCGUUGGAGUCUUCCGCUCGGCUGGAUUUCUCCUCUAAGAAGGACCUCUUCUUCCGACUCUGCAAUUCUCCUCUCUUGAUCGACGGGGGUAAAAAGAGUUUUUGGUUGGACAAAGAAAGUGGAAAGAAAUGCUACAUGAUAGCAGCAAGGGAACUAACAAUUAUAUGGAGUGAGACUCCUAGGUAUUGGACAUGGAUCUCUCUACCACACUCUCGAUUCACAGAGGUGGCCAAUCUAGAAAUUGUGUGGUGGUUUGACAUCAAGGGAAAGAUGAAUACUUGCAUGUUAUCACCAUGCACAAACUAUGCGGCCUAUCUUAUCUUUCAAAGGAAUGGCAUAUUUUAUGGAUUUAAAGACAAUCCCAUAGAGUCGUCGAUUGGAGUUACUGGUGGCGAAACUACUAAAAAAGUAAUUUACUUGGAUCCUGAACAUGAUAUCAGCCCCAACCCGACUCGAAUGGAUGGGUGGUAUGAAGUUGAAUUAGGCGAAUUCUUCAAUGAAGGAAGAGAAAGUGUGGAACUCGAGAUGAGUAUUAUGGAGGUGAACAGACUUAAUGGGAAGUAUGGACUCUUGAUUGAAGGGAUUGAGAUCAGGCCUAAAUUUUGCCGAAUUUAAAAUGGAUGGCCAAGAUGUAAUCUUUCGACAUCCAAUGGUUUAAAUAAUUUUCGAUACGGUAUCAGAGGAUGUACCGUAGAAUUUUCCAUAUUAUUUCAUGUAUGCUUCGUGUGUAAGAAGGGUUGUUCUAUGGUACCCACUCUUUAUUUUGGGAGUACCUACCCACAUUUGACCCAAUAAAAAGAUGACAUGUGUAAAA